AUGGAUCUCGACGCCUUGCUCACGAGCCAGCACGAGAUUCACGGGCGCAUUGCCCGCACCAUGGAGAACCUGCGCAAGCUCGGUGCGGCCAACAUUACGCAGUCCGCCCUCGAGACCCGCAUCACGAUUCUGACGCAGCUGUGGGCCAAGUUCGAGGCACAGCACGAUCUCGUCCUGGCAAAAUCUGAGGAUUACAGCACCAGUGAGUACGCAACCUCGAGGCUCCUCGAAAUUGUUGAGGACACAUACGUGCAGACGGUGAGCGAACUCACCGAACAGCUCCGCGCGCUUACCAACGUUCCUGCCUCUUCCGCGUCCUCAGAGCAGAGCGAGUCCCGAGUCGGGUCAGGUCCGAGAACCUCGCUGCCGCGCAUUAAGCUGCCUCAGUUCUCAGGCGCGUACGAAGACUGGCCCUCAUUCCGCGACUUGUUCCUGUCCGUCGUGGGCGAGAACUCCGCGAUCUCCAACGUGGAGCGGCUCCACUAUCUCCGGUCGUGCCUGCAGGGGAACGCCGAAAAGUUAGUAAAGUCCUUGACCAUCACAAACGACAACUACGAUCGUGCGUGGGCGAUACUAACGAAACACUUUGAGAACAAACGAGAACUCAUUCGGUGCAAUUUCGCGAACUUCAUCUCCGUGGGGAAAAUGAAGGGUGAAAGCGCGGAAGAACUGAACCGCGUCCUUGCCGCCGUAACCGCUGCCGUGAAUGCUCAGGAGAGCAUCGACCGGCCUAUUCAAUCUCAUGGGAUGGACCUCCUAAACUACCUGGUCGUCGAGCUUUUCGAUCCGCGCACUAGGCUGGAGUGGGAGUCCUCCAAUGAUUCGAACGAGCCUGUUGAGUAUGAGACGUUAGUCGAGUUCAUGACCAAGCGCAUACUCACCUUGAACGCCGCCAAACCGCGAACCGCCGUGAAAGCCUCGUCCGACGCGCCGCGCACCGCCAAGAGUCAUCAUGCCAAACGCGAGACGGAAUCUCGAGCCUGCGAGCUGUGCAAGGGCAAGCACUCCCUUUGGCAGUGUCCGGACUUGAAGGCUAAGUCCGCCACUGAGCGCAAGGAGUUUGUCACGUCCGAGCGACUCUGCUGGAACUGCCUCGGGCGUCACGCGGUUGCUAAGUGUCAGUCCUCACGCAACUGCUUCUCCUGCGGAGCACGACACCACACACUAUUGCACGACGCGAGCGUGUCCAGCAAGCCCGCUGAGGCGAGCGCCCUGACUUCCGCGAGUAGAGGCGAAUCCGGCGGGUCGGUCCUCCUGGCGACGGCACGUGUGCUCGCGGCCGACCGCAACGGACUCCCGCACGCGGUGCGGGUAUUAAUCGAUCAGGGAUCCGAGGUGUCGAUCGUCUCUGAGGCACUCGCGCAAAGACUCCGCCUCCCGCGCUCGCGUACCUCGUUGUCGAUCCUCGGGAUCGGCGAAUCCAAGUCCGCGACGGCGCGAGGCAAGGUGUCUCUCCAGCUCACCGCCCAGGCUACCGGCGUCAAUCUGAUCGUCGACGCGUACGUCCUGCCGCGACUCACCCUGUAUCAGGGACCCGCCGUCAGUCACGAGGUUGACUGGCCUCACAUCCGCGAGCUCCCGCUAGCCGAUCCGCAGUUCGCCUCCAGAGAUCCGGUCGAGAUUCUACUCGGUGCCGAGGUGUGUGCGACCAUCUUCGAGAGUGGGCUCCGCAAGGGAGACCCCCACUCGCCACUCGCCCAGAAGACCAAGCUAGGCUGGAUCCUGUCCGGAGGCAGCGACCAGCCAACCGCCGUCAAGCACCGCCUGGUGAACCAGUGCUCCGUCGACCGUGAGCUGAGCGAUCUGGUGCAGCGUUUUUGGCUCCAGGAGCAGGAGCCAGUCAGCAAGGUGCCACUCACGACGGAGGAACGGAUGAGCGAAGCGUUCUUCGCUGAGUCUCACUCGCGCACAACGUCGGGCAGAUACAUGGUCCGGCUGCCUUUCACGACGAAACCGCGCUCACUUGCCGGCACGAGGUUACCCGCCGAACGGCUGUUAACGGCCAUGGAACGCAAGGGCCGGAACGACUCCCGCUUUGGAUCUCUCUACAGAGAGUUCAUGCGGGAAUUCGCCGAACUGCAGCAUAUGGAGGCGGUGAGAGCUCCAUCCACGCAAUCCCCGGGGAGAUGCUAUCUUCCUCACCACGGGGUACUCAAGGAGGCCAGCGCGACGACGAAACUGAGGGUCGUCUUCAACGGCUCUCAGCGGACCGCAUCCGGGGAGUCCCUCAACGGCAGCCUGCACAUCGGAGCAAACCUCCUGCCCGCACU